GGUGAAUUUCUUGGGGAAGUAUCGUCAUCCAAAUCUUGUUAAGCUGCUGGGAUAUUGCUGCGAAGAAAAUCAAUUCCUUCUUGUUUAUGAAUAUAUGCAAAAAGGAAGCUUGGAAAACCACCUUUUCAGAAAAGGUCAAGAACCACUUGGAUGGGAAUUAAGACUUAAGAUAGCAAUUGGAGCUGCACGAGGUCUUGCUUUUUUGCACACCUCAGAAAAAGUCAUCUACCGUGACUUUAAGGCCUCCAAUAUUUUGCUGGAUCCGGUCUACAAUGCAAAACUUUCAGAUUUUGGGCUGGCAAAGGUGGGCCCAAUAAAUGGCAACUCCCACGUAACCACACGCGUCAUAGGAACAUAUGGAUAUGCUGCACCUGAAUAUGUCGCAACUGUUCCUUGAUUCAAUGGGAAAAGGAAACUCUACGUUGGCCUUGUCUUGGUCAACAAUAGACGUUUUCCACACAAAUAUAUUCAGACUUUAGGGAUCACCUGAUCUUAUGGGUUAAGCAAGCAAGUCUUCUAUUCUAUUGCUGGCCAAGUAAAAGUCUUCAAUUUUGUGACUUGACUUUCAAAUGAUUUUUAGUUGUACGAAAAUGUCAUACGAAAACCUCAUGCAUAUCGUGUCCUGUCCACCAUUACAACAUUGAAUUCACUCAAGUUCUUAACAUUUUAAUCCAAAUUCAUACCUAUAUCUACUCUUAAACU